AUGUGUUUUGAGGAUUUUGAGAAAGCGUAUGGCCCGGUUCCCUCGGAGAUACUGUGGGAGGUGCUGCAGGAGGAUGGGGUGAGCCAUGACAGUUUACCUGAGCAGCUGAUAGCCGAGUCCAUCAGGAAGAAGAGCCGCUCCAUGCACCUGUCGCCUCAACAGCUGCGCCUCUGUGUGCAGGAGUACCAGGGGCAGUACAUCCUCAAGGUGUGUGGCUGUGAUGAGUACCUGUUGGAGAAGUAUCCUCUCAGUCAGUACAAGUAUAUCCGAUCCUGCAUCAUCGUGGGUCGUCUACCUCACCUGAUGCUCGUCUCCAAAGAGAGUCUUUAUUCCCAGCUUCCUGCCUCGGGCUUCGUCACGCCUUCAUACAGGUACAGCAGCCAUCAGCAUCUCUGA